UCCCUCUGCUCAGGCUGCACUUUCUGCGGCUAUUCUUCUUCGCUCGCUUUGCUGAUCAAUCGAUCUUGUGGAGAGACGGAGUCGGGAGAUCCGAGAAGAACGAGAUGGGGAGGCCGUCGUCGUUCAAGGCGGAGUGGGGUCCGGCCAUCUGCAUGGUGCUGAUCGAGCUGUUCACCACGGGGCAGAUGCUGCUCACCAAGGUGGUCGUCGAUGCAGGGCUCUUCGUCUUCGCCCUCCUCACCUACCGCUUCUUCCUCGGCACCGUGCUGGUCAUCCCGCUCGCCAUCAUCUUCGAGAGGGGGAAGUUGAAGGAGCUUAAUUUGAAGGCAUCCAUAUGGAUUUUUACAAGUGCACUUGUGGGGUUCACUAUUCCUGGUCUUUACUACAUUGGCCUCGGAGAUACAUCGCCUGGAUAUGCGAUCAACUUUUACAACAUUAUCCCAAUAGCCACAUUCAUCCUUGCGGUUCUUUUCAGGAAGGAGCCUCUGAACAUGAAGAGCCUGGUAGGAAACUUGAAGGUGAUAGGAACCAUUGUUUGUGUCGGGGGAACACUGGUGAUUAGCCUGUACAAGGGCAAAGUGCUUCAUCUGUGGCCUACCAACGUUAUAGGGUACCAUGCGAAGCAUUCAGGAGCUGCAUAUGGGCACCACCAUAUGCGUGGAACCAUCUUGCUCAUCAUCAGCUGCUUGAGCCUGGCCGUCUGGUACACAGUGCAGGCCCAGAUGCUGAAAGUGUUCCCUUACAAGUACUGGUCCACGGUUGUCACAUGCUUCGUCGGCUGCAUACAGAUGGCUGUUGUAGGGGUCGCCAUGAACAGAGAGAAGGAGACCUGGCAGCUGAAAUGGAAUAUGAGCCUGCUCACAAUCGUGUACUCGGCAAUACUCAACACUGCCGCGAAAUUCGUGAUGAUUUCAUGGGUCGUCACGCAGCGAGGCCCAACCUACCCAUCGAUGUUUUGCGCAGUGUCAGUAUUGUUCACCACUGUCUUUGACUCACUGCUCCUCGGCCAUGACUUGUAUGUUGGAAGUAUUUUAGGCAUGUUCAUGAUUCUUGCUGGGCUCUACAUGUUCCUCUGUGGAAAGAGGAACGAACUGGCACCUGAGAGUCAAGAAAAACACAAGGACGAACUGCGAUUUCAGAGUGAAGACCAAACCAAAGAUUCAGGAUCCCACGUGUGAUUGUUUCGUCUAACAAAAAUGUUGCCCAAGGAAACGAGACACCUGCUCAAAAUCCGCUAUAAUGGAAGUGAAGUGCCUUUAGCUUCUUGUAGUGAAA